CCCUACCGUUUUCUUUGUUAAAAUCGAGCUCCCGCCUCCUCCAUUGCGUACUCAGUUUAUACUCAUGCGCCGUUUGAAGACCUCUGUUGUUGCUACCAAACCGGCGACCGGAAAGCCGGCGACUGGAAAGACGGCGGAUGGAAAACCGGCGACCAACCGGCGGCAAGAAAAUGCAAGUCGGUCCGCAUAUUUUGCUAGGAGGGAAGCCGCGAAUGUGCUUCGAACCGUUCUACAAGGCGACGCUCGCCGGCAAGCAGUCGCUUCUAUCAAGUCGCUUGUUUAUAGUCCAUCAGUGCGGAACAAAAGAGGAACGCUUGCUCUCGUUUGCCAGACUCUGAAACAUUUUUCUUUUAUUAAGGAAGUGUUGGAAACCCCCAAUAUACUGAACAGCAAGUGGAAGAGACAAUGGGAAUUGAUGUGCAUUAUCACCUAUGAUAUUCUCUUUGGACAGGCAGAGUCAUUCAUGGGUGAUGCGGAAAAGUUUCUCAUCCUCCGCAAAGAUGCGUUACAGUUAGCUUUAGCUCAGCUAUUAAAGAGGAAGGGGGUAAAAAAUGUCAAACAGCUGAUGGAGAUUUCUGAAACUUCUGAUAUCCAGAAACCUCGAUAUGUUCGUGUAAAUACUCUAAAGUCAGAUGUGAAGACAGUCAUCCAUGAAUUAGGAAAGCUACAUACGGUUCAUAAGGAUGACAUGAUUGAGGACUUGUUAGUAUUGCCUCCUGGUGCUGAUUUGCAUGAUCAUCCUUUGGUGACUAAUGGCAGUAUCUUUCUACAAGGAAAAGCAAGUUGCAUCUCUGCUGCAGCCCUUCAACCUGAGCCAGGAUGGGAGGUACUUGAUGCAUGUGCUGCUCCAGGGAAUAAAACAGUAUACCUUGCUGCAAUAAUGAAAGGAAAGGGGAAAAUUAUAGCUUGUGAACGUAACAAGGAAAGAGUUGAGCUGUUAAGGAACACUGUUGCAUUAGCUGGUGCCACAAAUGUGGAUGUUAUGCACACAGAUUUCUUGAGCUUGAAUCCAGAUGAUCCUGUACAUGCAAAGAUCCGUGCUAUUCUAGUUGAUCCUUCAUGCUCUGGAUCGGGGACUACUAAUGUGAGAUUGGACCAUCUACUACCAUCAUAUAAUUCAGGUAAAAUGGAUGCAGAUGAUAUUGAUCGGGUGAGAAAACUCCAAUCUUUCCAGAAAAAGGUUCUUGCACAUGCAUUAUCUUUUCCUGGUGCUGAGAGAGUGGUUUACAGCACAUGCUCCAUUCAUCAAAUUGAGAAUGAAGAUGUUAUUUCAUCCCUUUUACCUCUAGCUGUUUCUCAUGGUUUCCAAUUAGCAACUGUCUUUCCUCAAUGGCCUCGCCGUGGACUUCCAGUUGUUGAAGGAUCUGAACACCUUCUUCGAAUUGACCCAGUUGAGGAUAAGGAAGGGUUUUUCGUUGCUCUUUUUGUUAGGGAAGGCUAUAGUAAUAUCACAACCGAAGAAGACAAAGAAGACAAGUCCUCAACUGUGAAUUAUAAUAAGCCUUCUCGCAUUGGAAGAUUUCAUUGCCCAUUUGUUCAACUGCCUAAAACUUUGGUUUAUCCUCAAUUUUGGAUCUCCAGAAGAAGAAGAAGCAACAGAUAAGAGGUACUAGCUCUUUUUCUUGUUAUUUAUGGAUCUUAUUUAUUUAUGUAAAACUAGUUGGAAACUGUUAUUUGGAUAAUUUGAAAUUAUGAUUCAGAAACAAAAACCCAUUUAAAGAAAAACUGAUUUAUUGCAUAA